GGGGUGCUAGGCCACUCCAACCAAUUCUGGACAUCACAUACAACUCUCCAACUCCAUAAUUUGGGUUAAAACAAAUACAUAAUAGUGAAAGGUUAAAUCCAAAAAAUAUAAUCUAAGCAAUUAUGUGCACCAGGAAUCCAUCAUUUUUAAAACCCCAAAACUGCCCCUGAAAAAGUUGCUCGUCCAGAGGGAAGGUCAUAAGGGCCCUUUCCUUAUGGCCCUCUGCGAAACAGCUGCGUCUUCCCCAGACUUCUGAAGGCCACUUUGCUCCCAUGGGAAGGAUUCGCACUGAUUUCUGCCUGGCUUGGGUGGCUCCUUUUGGACCGUGAUUCUCUCACCCAGGUGUUUUCUACUCCGUCCUCUCUCUUUCCACGGUCCACAAAUUUGAUAAUCUCCUAUUUUCUAACCCUUCACCCUAGAUGAGCAGCACAGGGUGCAGACGGGAGCCCCUGGGGACUCUGCCUGACCUUUCCUUCCAACUUGGCACUGAGCCACUGAGGUUCACUUUGGGUACAGUUGUCCAACCGGCACUGUGUCCAGCUAGUGGGAGCAGAGUCCAGCCCACAUUACCGCAUCUUCUCCGCUUGCAUCUCACGGUAGACUUUGCUGAUUGUUUUGCUGAAGUCAAAAGUUAGGUCUGCUGCAUUGCCAUGGUCAACCAACCUGAUCACUCAAUCAAAAAACUAUCACUGGUUGGCACGAUUUGUUCUUGACACUGGCCUUUUGCCAAACAAUGUACUCUUUUCCAAAUGCUCACAAACCAACUGCUUAAUAAUUCCUCCUACAGUUUUCCUGGCAUUUAGGAAAUUAGAAUUUAAAAAGUUGCCCGAGAAAAAAUGAAGUAAGAUUAGUGUGGCAACGUCGGUUCUUGACAAAUCUGCCUGGGUUUCAAGUUGUUUAUAACUCAGUCUCUUUAUGAUCUGCUUUGGAAUUUUCCCCAUUAUCAGUUUCAGACUGGACGGUCCUCCUUUUCUUCUUUUUGAAAACACAGACACAUGUGCCCUUCUUUCUUUGUCUGGCCCUUCACCAAUUCUCCAGGAUUUAUAAAAAAAAAAAAUGUAAGGGUUUGGUUAAACCAUCAGCAAAUUCCAUAGAAUGGAAUUCCCUGGAAAUUUAAAGUCAUUCAAAAGGAAGAGGCUUUCCCCAACCUUAUUUCUGUCAGUUGCAAGUGUCCAUCCUUCGUCCUGCUCUUCAGUUUCCAGGUGGCACACCUCAUUUCCUUUUGCUGAAGAGACUGGACCAAAAUAAGAAUCGCUCUGCCUUUCAUUUCAUCCCAGUUAACCAGCCAAAAGUUCAGUUCAGACUGUACUGCCGCAGACAGCGAUCGCUGGAUUUGCAUAAUGCAGAGGAGUAUUCUGUGAACUCAGCCAGCACAGUUUAGUGUACUGUGCGAAUACAAGCCACGGGUUAGUUCAGCAAGCCAUGGCUCCAUUACUCUUCGGAUGGUGUACUCUGCACCCCCAGGCAUUUUGAUGCCAGGCACACGGUGCAGAGGUAGGGCAGCGGGGUCUGCGUGCCUCCGGGUGUCGGCCCGUCUGCCAGGCGCAGAAGAACCCCGGUCCCCAGUCAGCGACUUCCUUGGUGGAUGCUGCAGGAAGGACCCUCCUUCCCAAGGAGCCUGGGGCCAGCAAGAGGGGCAGGGAGUGGCCUGGGAGAGGCCUGGGGGGUCGGAGCUGCGCAGCACCGGAGUGUGGAGCGAAGGAAGCUCUCUGACUCAGCGAAGCCGCCCAGAACCAAGGCAGAAGCAGGAAGAGAGUAGCCUGAGCAGAGGCUGGUGUCCUGGGGAGGCCGGCCAGCCCUGGCUCCAGCCAAGCCAAGCGGCCACGGUUCAGGCAGGCUGGGGAGGGCGAGCAGGCCUGCGCGGAGGACUAAGGAUGCAGGCUGGGAGCACCGCCGGUGCCCUUCUCCUGAUUCCCUGCCAAGCCAGGCUCCGGGUGGUGGGACUCAGCUUCCAACGGUUUCGCCGAGCGGCUGCGUCAUUGCGUUCCGGGAAGCGGCCGGGCCUGAAUCCUUUCCCGGCCUCCUUCAGCGCCUGAGCAGGGUCAUAUGGCUUUGUUCUUCACCAUUCUUUUUGGGAGUUCACCAUUUUUUAAACUUCUGGACACUAACAGUUCUGGGGGCUUUAUGCUGCCUCCUCUCUUUUCCCUUCCCAGGCUGCUCCAUGAAAUCCCAAAGAUGGGCACACCCCACAGUCUGUUGGAAGUUUCUCAUCUUCGUCCUUCUGCAGGUUGGGAUUGGUCUAAUACUCUUCACCUACAUCCAAAGCUUCUCAAAGCCUCUGAAAGAGGAGGAGAAACCCUUAAAUCUCACCAUCUUGCUGUGGACCUGGCCCUAUGGAAUCCAUGUCCCCUUUGAAAACUGCAUGGAGGUCCUCGGUGUCUCCAACUGUCAUUUCACAGUUGACCGCGGGUGGUACCAGAGGGCAGACGCAAUCCUUGUGCACCAUCAUGAUGUGUAUCUGGAUGCUGAAAAGCUCCCACAAGAUCCAAGGCCACCUUUCCAACGCUGGAUCUGGUACAGUCCUGAGCCUCCCAGCAAACAUCCUGUCCCAGCCUUCAUGGACAACCUGUUCAACCUCACCAUGUCUUACCGAAGAGACUCUGAUAUCUUUGCCCCAUACGGGUGGCUGGAAGUCUAUGCUCAACCCCAGGAGGUCAUCAUCCCCCCCAAGUCCAAGCUGGUGGCUUGGGCAGUCAGCAACUGGAAGUCGGACUCGGUCCAGGUGCGGGUGAGAUACUACGAGGAGCUGAAGAAGUACCUCCAGGUGGACGUUUAUGGGCGCAGACACUGGCCGCUCCCUCCAAACAAGCUUCUCUCCACCCUGUCGCAGUACAAAUUCUACUUGGCUUUUGAGAACUCGCAGCACGAGGACUACAUCACUGAGAAGGUCUGGAGGAACGCCUUCCUCUCCGGAGCGGUGCCAGUUGUCCUCGGGCCACCACGAAGGAACUACGAGCGCUGCUUGCCCCCACACUCGUUCAUCCACACUGACGACUUUGCCACAGUGCGGGAGCUGGCCACGUUCUUACUUGAGCUGGACGUGGAUGAAGAGCGCUAUCAGAGCUACUUCCGGUGGCGAGCGUGGCUGAAGCCGGUGGAAUAUAAAUCCUGGGGGGUUCAGUUCUGCAAGGCCUGCCGGGCCCUACAAGCACGACCAGCCAUGUACCAGACUGUGCCGGAGCUGAGCAAGUGGUUUCAGUGAG